CUGUGGUGGCGCGUCAUUGGCCGCAAGCAAAACACCCUCCCGCCCUACGAUUUCGCAAGGAGUCCCUAUCGAGCGAAGAAGCCAUGGCCGCCGCCGCUCAUGUCCCUGUCUGAACAUCGCCAGUUCAACUUUGAACGCCGCUUCAAGCGCCGUCUGCUGCUCAAGUCGAUUCGCCCCAACUGGAACAGAUGGGUCAAGGUCGCCCAGAAGGUCGGCAUCUGGUCCAUCGUCAUCUACAGCGUCUUCUUC